AGUGUUGACUUUGUGUUCCACGACGGACUGAAUUGGAUACAGCUGCCUAAGCCAAUCUCGGAUCGAUUCCGCCGUUCCGCGAUGACCAAGUGAGUGAUGGCUCUCCUUGGUCUGCCGGGUGGAUCCAGCUACCUACUACUAUGCUGAGGAGGAACGGAUCCAUGGAGAUGCGGCGCACAGACCGCCGACGCUUGGAAUGCUAAGAUAGGCCGAUCCUCUCACCGACGUGAUCGUUUACCGCCGACGAGAGUCUCCGUUCUUCUCAGCCGUCUUUAGUGGUGAGGUGACCGGUGAAGAGAGCAUUCACGAACGACACGAGCAGCGCUCUCCGCGAGAUGUCGUGGAAAUUUACUCCGCUCGAGCUCAAGCGGCUCUGUCCGGUGCCCAGCGAUAUCGACAUCGCUCUCGCUCAGACCCCGAAAGAUAUCGACGUUCUAGCAGCAGAAAUCGGACUACAGCCCAACGAGUUCGAUUGCUACGGCAAGCAGAAAGCCAAAGUUCAUCUCGCCGCCUACGAGAGGCUCGAAUCUCGGAAGAAUGGUAAUUACGUCCUGGUGACAGGCAUAAACCCAACGCCGUUCGGUGAAGGUAAGAGCACAACGACCGUUGGUCUGUGUCAAGCUCUCGGGGCCUGCUUAAAGCAGAACGUAUUCGCCUGCCUCCGACAACCUUCACAAGGUCCCACAUUCGGCAUAAAGGGUGGCGCAGCAGGCGGAGGCUACUCGCAAGUUAUUCCGAUGGUGGAUUUCAACUUGCACCUCACCGGAGACAUGCAUGCAAUCACAGCGGCCAACAAUUUAUUAGCGGCUCAAAUAGACACUCGGAUAUUUCAUGAGACCACCCAAUCGGAUGAAGCGCUCUUCAACCGACUUGUACCGAGAACCCAAGGAGAGCGUCACUUCUCAGCCAUUCAGGUAUGUCGACUCAAGAAACUCGGGAUCUCAGCGAGAUCACCGGCUGCUCUGACAGAAGCGGAAAGGCGCAGGUUCGUGAGAUUAGACAUCGACCCCUCGAGCAUAACGUUCCAUAGGGUGCUGGACACAUCGGAUCGUUACCUCCGCAAAAUCACAAUCGGUUUGGCCAAUUCCGAAAGGGGGCUGAGCCGAGAAGCGCAGUUCAACAUCACUCCUGCCAGCGAGGUCAUGGCGGUAUUGGCCUUGGCGACAUCGUUAGAUGACCUCAAGCAACGCCUAGGACGGAUCGUGAUAGGUACCAGUUUCGACGGCGAGCCUAUCACCGCAGACGACUUGGGUUGCACAGGAGCCAUGACUGUGUUGCUCAAGGAAGCCUUCUCACCCACAUUGAUGCAAACCCUAGAAGGGACUCCAGUGUUCGUUCACUGCGGUCCCUUUGCCAAUAUCGCACAUGGCUGCUCGUCGGUAAUCGCGGACAAGAUCGCAUUGAAGCUAGUUGGCGAGAAUGGUUUCGUUGUGACCGAGGCUGGCUUCGGCGCAGACUUGGGAAUGGAGAAAUUUUUCAAUAUAAAAUGCAGGUACUCGGGCUUGACGCCAAGCGUUGUGGUCAUCGUUGCCACGAUAAGGGCCCUGAAAUGCCAUGGCGGAGGACCACCGGUCGCACUGGGCUCCCCGCUGCCCGACGAGUACACGAAGGAAAAUCUCGACCUGGUGCGAGAGGGAUUCUGCAAUCUCCGGAAACACUUGGAAAACUGCGCGAAGUUCGGCGUUCCGGCGGUUGUUGCCAUAAAUCGAUUCAAAUCUGACACCGAGAACGAGCUGCUCUUAUUGAAAGAACUCUGCAUUCGUCAUGGAGCCGCGGCAGCAGCAGUCUCCAAUCAUUGGGCGGAAGGAGGCCAAGGCGCGCUCGAGCUUGCGAAAUCCGUGCAGAGCGCCGCUCUCCAUGCUACCAGCGCGUUUAAGUUCCUGUAUCCUCUCGAAAUGUCCAUAGAGGAGAAGUUGGAGACCAUCGCACGUGAAAUUUACGGAGCGGGAUCGAUCGAGCUAAGUCAGAGAGCGAGGAAGAAGAUCGCACUCUACGCAGAGCAGGGUUUCGAUCGCUUGCCGCUGUGCAUAGCUAAAACUCAACUUUCGUUAUCGCACGACGCGAGCAAGAAGGGAGAACCACGGGGUUUCGCCUUCCCCGUAAGGGACGUUCAUGCAAGCGUCGGCGCCGGCUUUCUCUACCCGUUGGCGGGUGACAUAAUGACAAUGCCAGGCUUAAACACUCGGCCUUGUUUCUAUGACAUAGACCUUGACACAGAGACCGGUAGAGUCAUGGGCCUAUUCUAGCUCAACGGGAAUGUUUCGAUCCGAAGAUGUUUCACGGCUCAUUCGAGAGAUUUCAUGAUUUCUGGAUCUGUGGUAUCCUCCGAACACGGAGAGUGGAGAGCGAUCAUUUUGCCGCCAAUAAACGAAACGAUAACAGAACAAUUUUCA